GUAUCAACUACUGUUCUAGCUAGUAGGAGUAGUUGGUGGCGCAGUAAAUUUGCAACAAAAACAAAAGAUCCUUAAUCGAUGUCAGAUUGUCUGUCAUCUCAAAUCUUCGAUUUUCCCAAGAGAUCAUACUUUUUCUGGCAAAAGAGAUAUCAUCUUCUCUUUCCCCAAUUUCCCCUCCCUUCUCUCCCCUAACUCUCUUCUCACUCAAGACUGAGCAGACCAUAUCCCAUUUCUGUUUUUGAUUCAUUUUGAAGAAAGAAAAAAAAAGGGUUUUUUGUGUUUUUGAGAAAGUUGCAGUCUUGCAGAGAUGACGGAGCUGAAAGAGGAGCAAGAGGCGGCGGAGGAUCGGAAGUGCGAUUUUUGCGGGUCGGCGACGGCGGUGCUGUAUUGCAGAGCCGAUUCGGCGAGUCUGUGUCUCGGCUGCGACCGUGAGGUGCACGCGACGAACCCUCUCUUCACCAAGCACACGCGCUCGCUGCUCUGCGACGCGUGCGACGCGUCGCCGGCGACCAUCUUCUGCUGCAACCACGCCGCCGUCUUCUGCCAGAACUGCGACUGGGAGUCCCACACGCCCUGCCUCUCGCCGCCGCACGUGCGCCGCCCGCUCGAGGGCUUCAGCGGCUGCCCUUCCGUCGCGGAACUCCUGGCGGUUUUUGGGUUCCAGGAUGUCGGGAAAAAGGCGCUUGUUCAAGACGAUCAUUACGGCGGCGCCGGCGCCGGCGACGAUGAUGAUGGGAUUUCCGAUUAUCUGGUUUGGGACACUCCCGCGGUUGUUAGUCUUGAUGACUUGAUAGCUCCCAGUGAUUCUAAGCCCAAUUUUCAGGCCAUGGGUGUUCCUCCUCUUCCAAAGAACAGAAAUGCUGCCUGUGGACAACACAAAGAAGAAAUACUUGCUCAGCUUCGCAAAAUGUCUAAAUUGGAACCCGAUAUCUGUGCUGAUCAAGAGGAAUUUGAGCCCGUCGUGGGGAUUCAAGCUAUGGAAAAUGAACUAAAUGAUUUUUUUGGAGAAAAAAAUUCUGGGUUUAAGCAGAAUAUGGAGCCUACAUUAGUCCCUUACUCAGAAACAACUGGCUUUCAGUGGUACAAUGAUGUUGGUGAAUUUGCAGAUCAAGGGUUUGGUCCUACCCUAUUACAAGGAUUCAACGAGACAACCUGUUUGGUUCCUGAUAAAGAUUCAGAUGUUGGCGAUAGUUCAGGUGCAGCAAAUAAUCAUAACGAAGUGCAAUCGAACCAUUCUAGCCAUACCGAAACCUUCCAAGUGCCUCCUCCUAUAGUUGCUCCUCGUGAGCUAAACAGCCGGGAAAGAGAGACAGCCAUUUCUCGUUACAAGGAGAAGAAGAAAACCAGGAGAUAUGAGAAGCAAAUUAGGUACGAAUCAAGAAAAGUUCGCGCAGAGACUAGGAUAAGAAUCAAAGGGCGUUUUGCCAAGAUGGAUCGAAGAGAUCCUGGUACUACGCAUUGAUGUGUUCAAAGGUUGUUUUGUCAAGAAUUUAACAGCAAGUAGCUCAACAAUCCAAGAAGCUUGGCUAGAUCAUUGAGAUGAGAAUGUAAGUGUGAAGUACUUAGGUCUUUAAAGCAGGUGUUUAUGUAUAGUAUAACUUGGUAAAACCAAACCAUAUGAAUAUGUAUGUAACUGAGGCUGUGCACCGGUUAAACUUCGCCUUGUGACCCUACCUGGUAAAGGAAGGACCACAAGGAGGUAAAAUAGCCUAGGUUGUCCAUAACUCUAUUAGAUGUAAACUUUUAGUAUGGAGUAUUUGUUGUAUGUUGUGCCUUUGUAGCUGAGAGUCACAGAUAGAUACAAAUGAAAUUUUACUGUACAAA